CUGGGCUUAAAAAGCACUGAGGUGGUGGAAGCACAACCCCUCAUACAAAUGAGAGGGGAGCAGGAAGGAGCAGACAGAGGAGCGCAGAUCACUAGUACUUACACUCUGAAAGAGUUAAGGGAAUUUUUUCAGAUCUAUCAGCAAAAGAGUGGGGGUGGCGUACUGUCACGGAUUUUGCAAGCAUGGGAUAGUGGAGCUGCUUCUAUCCACUUAUCACUGAGUGAAAAAGUUUUUCUAAGCCCUAGAGCCAAUGAUGAUCAGGUAGACCAAGGAUGUGCUCAGCUGCAAAAUGUCAGAAGUCCUGACAGGUGAGACACUGUUGCUGCGAUGUCGUAUCAGUGGUUGUGUGCAGCAGUUUUAGCAGCAGAUACAGAACCUGUUGAAUUUUUGUUGUCCCUUGGAAACUGGUUUAUAAUGGAGGAAGGUAUUAAUUUGGUGCAGCAGAUGAGGAUGGCUCAUGUGUCAGUUACAGGAUCCAAUCCGGACAGUGUAGCAGUGACAAAAAGUAUCAAAAUGCAGUUUUUGAGAGGAGCGCCUGCCUCACUAACCCCGGGAUUAUACCAGCAGUGACAAAUGCUGUGGGUAAUGUAGGCACCCCAGCAAACACCUUGAGGGGAACCGGGGCUAUGAUUUCGGGACCCUCUGUGCAGGUGGUGAACAAAGGAGAGGCAGCAAAAUGGAAAGGAGUUACAGCACAGGUGACAAGGAAACAAAUGUGGAAUGAUUUUGUACAAGCCGGUAUCCCCAAAACAGGGAUAGAUGGGAUCACAACAUCAGAAAUGUUUCCCUGGUGGCAAAAGUUAGCGUUUACACAAAAAAGCCGACCACCCCCAGCCUCACCACCAACUCCUCACCCUCCCCUCCACCCUGCCUGACACCUCAGUGCAAGAUGUUGCCCGGCCACAAAAGCAAUAUACUUUACAAGUAUUGCCUCAGGGAUGCAAACUCAAUCCCUCCAUUUGCCACCUAAGGACAGCAGCUGAUUUAGCAGCGUGGUCCGGUUCACUUACUGUUUACCAUUAUAGUGAUGACCAAUUGAUGAUGGUGGAAUUGCAACAAGAAAGUGAAGCAGCUGCUGAAUUACUAAAAGUUCAUUUGCAGGACCAAGAUUGGGGAAAUAAUUCAAAGAAAAUACAGGGCCCUGGUGCUACUCUACAAUUUUUGGGAAUAGUUUGGCAUGGACAAAUCAGAAAAAUACCAAAUCAGGUACAGCAAGCAAAGCAGCCAUUUCCUGUACCAAUCACAGUAAAACAGUUACAGACCUUUGGAGGACUUUUAGGGGACUGGAGAACUUUUACACCACAUUUGGUCAUAUUAAUAUGCCUUUGGCAGAAAUUAACUAGGAAGAAAGUUGUCUGGCAGGGGACCAAGCAACAACAAGAAGCUUUUGAUGCCUGCAAAGAUGCUUUGAUUGAGCAUGCACAAUUACACACUCCUAAGCAAAGAUAUUCAUUUGAAUUAGUAACAAUUUCAGAUGAUACAGUCUCAGGAUUGUGGCAGAUGACAGGGAUGAAAAAUCAGAAAGAACCUAUAGGGUUUUGGUCCAAGGCAUUACAAGGUUCUGCUAUACAUCAUAACCCAACUUCUCCUCUUGUUUUACAUCCUUUGUUAAUAUCAAAUUCUCAAGUUUUUGUAUUUCAGGUGUCUUUGGUGAAUACCUGUGCCUCAUCUAGAGGAGAUAGCAUUGGAAUGCUGUUAUUGGUGUUGCAAACCCAACAUCUAAUUGAAGUUCACUCUGAAAAGGCACAAGCCAUAGCUCUACAAUCCGUGUGGGCAAUUACCCCACAUCAGGUUAUCAAACCCAAAGUCACAGUAGCUGAAGGAGCUGAAGCAGCACACACCAGAAACGUUGCUUCAACUUUGAAAACACGUUGCUUCAAUGGAACUGAUGGAACAGCCAGCCCAGAGCACAACAUUCAACAUUCUCCAGGACUGAAUGUAUCAAAUGGAACAACCUUCUGGUGGUGCCCAGCUGGUUGAGGGCACCUAGAUAGGAGGAACAGAACACCUGAUUCAGAGCAUUACUGUAAAGAUGCGUCUAUUCUUUUUUCUAUAUAUGUUUAUUGCAUGCCUCUGUGAGCUAGUUUGUAUUGUAACCUGCAAGCCUAAAUGAAUGUCUCCAGUUUUGUAAACCCCAGCAAAAGUCGUCUCUUGA